GCGAUUGCAAGAAGCGGCAGUCAGCGAGAGCACGAAAGCAAAGGAGUUGCACAAAGAUGGAAGACUGUUUGAUAGAAGACCAAACGUCCUUUUACUCAAAGGCAGAGCACUACUGGAAGGACGUCCCGCCCACUGUGGAUGGAAUGCUGGGAGGUUAUGGCAGCAUCUCCAGUAUUGACAUUAACGGCUCAAAAAAGUUUCUUCAGAAAUUCCUUGGGGAAGGCCAGGGUAAGACUGGCACAGGUUGUGCUCUGGACUGUGGCGCUGGGAUUGGCAGGAUCACCAAGCGGCUGCUCCUGCCACUCUUUCGAACAGUAGAUCUUGUGGACGUGACUCAGGAAUUCCUGGAUAAAGCUCGUACAUACCUGGGUGAGGAGAGCAAACGGGUGGAGAACUACUUCUGCUGUGGCCUGCAAGACUUUCAGCCCCAGCCAGAGCGAUACGAUGUCAUAUGGAUCCAGUGGGUGAUUGGUAAGACUAA